AUGUUUUCGCCCCCAUCGAAGAGACUAGAAAACGGCAAUGUGCAGGUCUCUUACUCCCAUCCUCCCGAGGGUAUCGGCCUUCCUGUUCUAGACAGUAUUGAGCCUAUUAGCAUGAAAGUCACGGUUACGCGUGACAAUCUAGCCCAAGCGGAAGGUAGAUUAAUCGAGAUCUCUAGCAAAGACUUUAAGAAACUCCUUAGACGGCUGGACAGCCAGGAGGAGCUCAACCGAGUCCAGGAGUAUAACAAGAGACAAGACGAGUUUGCGCGAGUGAAUAUGCAGCAUGCCAAGGCUUUAGCGCAGGCGCAGGAGGAAAUAAGGCGACGAAAGGCAGAGGCGGCAGAGGCGGCAGAGGUAGCAGAGGCAGCAGAGGAGCAGAACAUUAAAUAA